GAGAGAAGGAGAGAGAGAACGUGACAGUCCAGAGCUGUGAGAGACCACCACACAGAACACAACAGAUUAAAUAGAACAGGUUUGAGUAGUAGUGGUAGUAACCAGAGCAGACAGGGACCGGAGACGGAAGACAGGGACCGGAGACGGAAGACAGGAACCAGAGACGGAAGACAGUAUCUGGAAAAAUGACUUACUGUGGGUCAUCAACCCUCCUCCUGCCUCCAGUCAAGAGUGUGAUGGUCUACAGGAACGGGGACCCCUUCUACUCCGGCAGGAGGUUUGUGGUCAACCAUCGACAGGUGUCCACCAUGGAGGCGUUUCUCAAUGACGUGACCCACUGCAUUCAGGCUCCGCGGGCCGUGAGGACCCUGUACACUCCCCGGCAGGGUCACCGGGUCAGGGAGCUGCAUGACCUCCAGACCGGGGCCCAGUACGUGGCCGCAGGCUUCGAGAGGUUCAAGAAGCUUGAUUAUUUGAAUACAGGGCUGAAGAAGCAGCCUGAACCCAUGGGAGAAGGAGCUCGGGCAAGAUUGCUUCACAGACCGAAUGUGUCAGCAAAAUGGAGAAAGUAUAUUCCUCUACCCUGUAUCAUACAUGUUUUCCGCAACGAAGAUCUUCGCUGCUCUCCAUUCCGUUUCAUAAUUCCCAGGACCUGGCAGCACGACCUGGAUCAGAUCCUCGGUCUAGUCACAGAGAAGGCCAGUUUACGCACUGGAGCAGUGCGCAGGUUGUGCACUCUGGAGGGAGUAACUGUGUCCAGUGCAGACGAGCUGGUGAGUGGCCAGUUCUAUGUGGCUGUGGGAGCAGAGAGGUUCAAGAAGCUUCCCUACGUGGAGUUGUUGGUUCCUAAAGCCUCUGAGAGAAAUUACCCUGGAAAUAGAAGGUUGUCAAGGAGAUAUAAGGGCAGGAAGGCAGCCAGUGGCCCUGAGGACAGUUACAGUGACUCUGCUCUCCUGGACUCUCCAGAGUCGGAUGGGCGGAGGGUGAAGUCCACUGGGGAUGAUGUGGGGGAGACUGCUCUCCCAUCCAUCCAGAGGAGACCAGUGAAGGAGGAGAGCUCUAUCUUCUACGCCAAACCAGUGAAAGUCAGAGUGAGGAACAGAGGCCAUCCCAGGCCUCCACCAAGGACUGGACCAGCCCAGGCCAGUGUGUUUAGAGCUGUACAGAAGAAAAGAGAGGAGGUGCAGGGGGCUGAGGAGGUGCUGGAGGAUGAGAACACAGCAGUAGAUGUUCCCGUUGACCAGAGAGUGGCAGAGACAGUAGAGCACGAGGACCUUAUUGGGAGAUAUCCUCCUCAUUACAACAGCCAAGAUCAGAUUUUGACCAAGGCUACAAAAGAUCCCCUUCCUCACCCAGAACACCUAGACAAGUUGGAAUCAUCGAAUGAGAAAGACAGGAACUCACCUGAAAAUACCAGCUCUUCCAUCUGCAAAGAGGAUGACAUCGAUGGGAGCCCUACGCUUGAUACAGAAAUGCCACAGGCCAACACAUCCCUGGAGCAUGAGAUGAACUCUACCGCAGGUCCAUCUGUCCACAAAAAAGAAGGCGCUGCCUUAGAGAGUUGUGUGUCUGCUACUGAUACACCAGAGGAGCCGAAGACGGAGCCAAAGCCAACCACUCCACACUCAAGGGCUUCUUCGCCAUCAACAUCCUCCGCAUCUCAAAGUUCCCCGCCAAGCCAAGCGGGUGUAUCCAGGGAAACCGUUCCAAGUAUUUGAUCAGGCUCGAUUGAAUAGGGAGUCCUCAAACCCUCCACCAGACACCGUAAUGAAGCAGUCCAGUCCCUCCAGAAGACACCGUAAUGAAGCAGUCCUCAUACCCUCCACCAGACACCAUAAUGAAGCAGUCCUCAUACCCUCCACCAAACACCGUAAUGAAGCAGUCCUCUUACCCUCCACCAGACACCGUAAUGAAGCAGUCCUCAUACCCUACACCAGACACCGUAAUGAAGCAGUCCAGUCCCUCCACCAGACACAGUAAUGAAGCAGUCCUCAUACCCUCCACCAAACACCGUAAUGAAGCAGUCCAGUCCCUCCACCAGACACCGUAAUGAAGCAGUCCAAUCCCUCCACCAGACACCGUAAUGAAGCAGUCCCUCCACCAAACACCGUGAUGAAGCAGUCCAGUCCCUCCAGAAGACACCGUAAUGAAGCAGUCCAGUCCCUCCACCAGACACCGUAAUGAAGCAGUCCUCAUACCCUCCACCAGACACCGUAAUGAAGCAGUCCGGACCCUCCACCAGACACUGUAAUGAAGCAGUCCUCAUACCCUCCACCAGACACCGUGAUGAAGCAGUCCAGUCCCUCCAGAAGAUACCAUAAUGAAGCAGUCCAGUCCCUCCACCAGACACCGUAAUGAAGCAGUCCUCAUACCCUAC